GGAGGAGGGCUGUCUUAUAGCUCUGUUCACUGUACUCUGGGAUAGCUGUGCUCUGUACUCCUGUCCCGUCUGCCCAGGGGAGGCCCAAGCUGACGCUGCCCUUCGGGUCCAGAGGUUAUGGCUCGUGUAGGUACAUGAAUGUCAGCCGUGUGUUCCUGGGCCACCAUUCAUAGGACAAUGCCAUUAUUGGAGAACCCCCUGGCACUGAGACUCAGCACUCUGUCCACCGUUCUGCUCUGUCUGACCGUCCGCCCACUGCGCUCUCACCAGAACACCUCUGUGAACCACACAUUGAUCCUGGCGGUGCUUCUACCUGAGAGCAACCUGCACUAUGCCUGGUCAUGGCCCCGCGUGUCGCCUGCACUGGCCAUGGCAGUGCACCGGGUAGAGAAUGAGCUUCGUCUUCUGCCCGGGUACAAGAUAAAAACGGUCUUUCAGAACUCGGAGCUGGAUGGGGCCUGCUCGGAAUAUGUGGCACCUCUGAAGGCUGUAGACCUGAAGCUCUACGACAACCCAGACGUACUGUUUGGUCCAGGAUGUGUGUACCCCGCAGCUUCGGUUGCCCGCUUUGCUACCCAUUGGCGCCUCCCCCUAGUAACUGGUGGUGCUUUAGCCUUUGGAUUUAAGCCAGAUGAUGAUCAAUACAACACGACGGUGAGAACCGGGCCCACGGCAAACAAGCUCGGAGAAUUUGUGUCUCAUCUCCAUCAGCACUUCAACUGGAGCAGCCGGGCAGCCCUGGUCUACCAUGACGUAAAGAAGGAUCACCGGCCGCAUUACUUCAUCAUUGAAGGUGUCUUUCUGGCCUUGGAUAAGGAGUUCAGCAAUUUAACUGUGCGGCACCAGAUGUACCCAGAGGAUGAAGACGUGGGAAGUAUCAUCCAAUUCAUUCAGAACAAUGGCCGAGGAUCCUAACACGUGGCACCUGGAACCACGUUUCUACUUGGGCUUCUACCACCUGAUUCCGCUUGCUGCUGUGUAUGCAUGGACACGCUGCUGACUGUCAUUGCUGAUCUCCCCACUGGUCACUCAGCUUUCACCAGGUCCUGCUUCAGUAGCUGGCAGAGGGCAGAACUUGAAGACCUCGUCUGGUGGUGUAUCUGCAACAAGGGGUGAUCUGUCCAAAUACACCCAGGGGCCGUUGUGUCCUAUAUAUCAAUAUCAGUCCAGGGGUGCUCUGGUCCAUCCUACGGGUCAACUGUCUGCCCAUCCAGGGGCUCCGCCCCAGUGUUAAAUUAAAAUAAUAAAAGCUAAAAAGCCUAAAAUAUAAUUACUGUAUAAAAAAUAUUUUUUUCUUGUGCUGU